AUGGCUACGCCUAACAAUGAGAAAGAGCGACCUGAAGUCGGGCCAAAAAGAAGAUCGAGCGACGAGGAACAGACAGUAUUUGGCUCUGGCGAAGCCCUUCGCCAGGAAGGCUCGCUCCCGGCUCAAGAGCUACAUGAAAGGCUCAGAUUUGAAAAGCAGAAGGAUGAGGGAGCUAAUUACCUCGAACGCUUCGACUCCCACGACCACGAUCACAAUCCGAGUGCCUCGCGUGUCAGGGAAGAAAUAACAAAAUUGGACGACGAGAUUGCUUUAGAAAAAGCAGAGAAGAUCGUUUCACAGCAGAUGGGUCAAGGUGAAGAGAUCGAGGCUCAUUUACACCGCUCCAGGCCUAGGAAGCUUGAGCCCGUGGAUGAUUUCGAUGCUGCAACAAAUCCUGUACACGAGGGCACGAAAGUAUACAAACCUCCGGAAAGACCGACCACCAAAAUUGCUGAAUUCUUCAAAUAUAUCCAUGGUUCAAGUUUUAUUGCUGCUGCUGUCGGAGAUGUUGAGCUUCUCUGGUUUGGUGUUUGGUUGGAAACUAUCUGGCUAACGUUAUGGGCUGGUCGAUUGCUGGCUAAAUGCAUUCCUUAUCCAUUAGGACUCAUCUCAAGUCUGUUCACCAACAAUGCAAAGAAGUGGCGAGACAUGGGCAAGGCUUUGGAAGUACCAGCUACUCUCUUCUUCUGGUGGCUAGGUGUUCUUGUUUCUUUCCUACCAACCAUGAAGAACCACCACACCAAUGGCGACAAGAGUACGAGGCCAUGGGAGACGUCACUCAACAAGGUGAUCGUUGCAGUAUUCGUUGGCAUGACCUGUAAUUUCCUCGAGAAGAUCAUCAUCCAGCUCAUUGCCAUUUCGUUCCAUCUUCGAACCUACGCCGAUCGAAUUGAUAUCAACAAGUUUCAAAUUGGGAGUUUGACAAAGCUAUAUGUCUACUCAAAGGCUCAGAUCGCUAUGGAAGACGCGGAAUUUGAGGAAAAAGCACCACCCUCUGGCACAAUGACUCCUGGUGUCAUGGCCGGUCAAGCCAGAGAUGCUAUCAAUAAAGCCGUGGCUAAAGUGGGCGAUGUUGCUGGUACAGUUGCUGGCGAUUUCACUGGUAAGAAGGUUACCAAGAGUGGCCAUCCUUCGCAGGUCGUCCUGACUUUAUUGAACACGACAGCUGGCUCGCAGAUAUUGGCCCGACGUUUGUAUCGCACAUUUGUGCGGGACGAUUUUGAGACUGUCUUUAGUGGAGAUCUCAAACCUGCCUUCGACAACGAUGACGAAGCUGAUGCUGCAUUCAGCAUGUUUGAUAAGGACAUGAAUGGUGACAUAUCGAUGGAAGAGUUGGAAGCGGUCUGUGUGGAGAUUGGAAGAGAACGCAAAGCCAUUACUGCUUCGCUCAAAGACCUCGACAGCGUUGUCAGUAAACUCGACGAUGUGUUCCUCUUCAUCGUGGUCGUCAUCUUCAUCCUGGUCCUGAUCUCGCUCCUGUCAACUUCCGCUGCUGGCGCGCUCACCUCCGCAGGAUCAACUGUCUUGGCCCUUUCUUGGCUGUUCGCUGCCACUGCGCAGGAAUUUUUGCAAUCUAUCAUCUUCGUCUUUGUCAAGCAUCCUUUCGAUGUGGGCGACAGAAUCUCUAUCUAUGGUAAUACGGGGUCUCAACUGAAAGGAGAUGACUAUUUCGUAAAAGAGAUCGCUCUUCUGUAUACCGAAUUCAAGAAGAUGGAAGGACAGAUCGUCCAGGCGCCUAAUUCCUACCUCAACACGCUCUUUAUCCUGAACAUGCGCAGAUCUGGAGGUCUUGCCGAAGCUGUUCCUAUCGUUAUCCGUUUCGGUACGACGAUAGAGCAGAUCGAUGCAUUGAGACAAGCUCUUACUGAGUUCGUUCUAUCUGAAAAGAGGGAAUAUCAGGGAAAGAUUUUGACUGAGCUUCGGGAAGUCACCGAGGCCUAUUCCCUGACACUCAACGUUGUCUUCUUCUACAAGUCCAAUUGGCAGAACGAGUUGUUGCGUCUUCAGCGCCGAAACAAGUUUAUCUGUGCUUUGAUGAUGGCCAUGCAGAGUAUCGGCAUCGAAGGUCCGCGUCGCAACAACGCCGGUUGGCGUAAUGAUAUUCCGAUGUUCCUGCAAGGUUACGGUGCACCUCCGCCAAACUACACCACGACGAAUACUGAUGGUGGUAACCCUGCUCAAGCGACUGAAGCUCCUGGCAUCUCGCAGCCUCUCUCCCACAAUUCUAUUCUUAAGCACUCAGCAACCACUGGUCGACCUCGUGGUUCAUCCAUAACUCACAUGGCAAAACAUGUCGAUUUCUCUUUGGGCAUGAAGAACAUGUCAACCGCAGAGUUCAUGGGCGAAGAUGAUGACUAUAGAUCCCCGUCACGCUUUCGAGAGAUCAUCCGCGAGGCCAAUGAAGGGAACGACGAAAGGAGACGGAAGGAGCAUGAAAAGGACAUAGCUGUAGCACGUACUUCGUCACGUGAGCUACCAAGAGUCUCGAACGAUAGCAACCCACAAAUGUCUGGUGGCAUAUUUCGACGCAGCACAACCCUUUCGACACGGCCUCGAGGAGAUAGCAUUAGCAGCCAAAUCACACACCGCAACCGGUUCCUCAGCCGACUAGGACAUGCCGGGCGAAGUAUAGAGGUGCCAAGAGACUCACUUGCUGAGGAAGGUCAUGCCGGACCAGCUACACUCGAUCCACGAAGUGGCAAAGUCUCAAACCAGGCAGUACGACUCGAUUCCAGGACGUCCGCAGAACUGAGCCAAGCCUUCCCUCCCGCGUCUGUCGAGCCGACCAUCAGUCGAGAUUUUGAACUGAGACGGUUGGAGAGCAAGAAACAGUGA